CUUUUUUCUAGGCCAAUGAUAGAGAGCACUACCAAGUGGCCCCAAAAACCUCUCGGCAGUCACCAGACACCACCCCCUGUCAUCAACCACUCCACUUCGAGUCUUCGAUCCAUCCACGCCCUCACCUCGCACAGCCCACAGGUUGGCUCCCAUGGCCAUGCCGCCAUGGCCAUGCAUGAUUUACACUGACCCGCCCAGCAGCUCGCCAACCACCAGGUGACCGGGGGAUUAAACCUGCCCACCUGUAUCUCUAUGCGGCAAGAUCCUGUCCAUCUUUCUCGGCGGGGUAAAAAAAAACACGGCCGAGAUGAGCAUGUGCGCCGCGCGGAGCCACAGCCGUGUGUGAGCAGCGCCGAUUCGUCGUCCUCGGCGCGCCUGUCCCCAUCACGGCUCGGGAGCCACCACCACCACCGUUCCGUUCCAUACGCCUCCGUCCAAGCUAGUAUAUAGCCCCCGCGCCACCGUACGCCUCCUCCCCCAUCUGCUAGCUGGCCGGCCGGCUAUCUAGUGGAACCACCGCCAAGAUCCAGCUGCGCGCAGCGCGCGUCCGUCCGGUCCGUUCCGUCCGUCCUCGAUCGACGGGGUCCAUGGACGCCCGCGGCUACGGAGACGUCGCCGCCAUGAGCGUCGGCGAGGAGGCUGCGCGGCUGUGGGCGGAGCUGCCCGUGCGCGUGGACUGGGCGGCCGUGGCGGCGCAAUGCGCUUGGGCGGCGGCGCGCGCGCGGGCGCUGCUGGUGGUGCCGGCGGUGCGGCUGCUGGUGUACCUGUCGCUGGCCAUGACGGUGAUGAUCCUCGUCGAGAAGCUCUUCGUCUGCGCCGUGUGCCUCGCCGUGCGCGCGCUCCGGCUGGGCCCCGACCGGCGGUACCGCUGGGAGCCCAUCGCCGCCGCCCGCGGGGCCGACGUGGAGUCCGGCGCCGCCGCCAAGUACCCCAUGGUGCUGGUGCAGAUCCCCAUGUACAACGAGCGGGAGGUUUACAAGCUGUCGAUCGGCGCGGCGUGCGCGCUGGAGUGGCCGGCGGAGCGCUUCGUCAUCCAGGUGCUGGACGACUCCACGGACCCCGUUGUAAAGGAUUUGGUGGAGAUGGAGUGCCACAGAUGGAUGAGCAAAGGCGUGAACAUAAAGUACGAGGUCAGGGGUAACCGGAAGGGGUACAAGGCUGGCGCGCUCAAGGAAGGAUUGAAGCAUGACUAUGUCCAAGACUGCCAGUACAUUGCCAUGUUUGAUGCCGACUUCCAACCUGAGUCCGAUUUUCUCCUCAGGACUAUUCCGUUCCUCGUGCACAACCCGGAGAUCGCCCUCGUCCAGGCCCGCUGGAAAUUUGUCAAUUCUGAUGAGUGUCUGCUGACAAGAUUCCAAGAAAUGUCGUUGGAUUACCAUUUCAAGUAUGAGCAAGAGGCGGGGUCAUCAGUGUACUCAUUCUUUGGCUUUAAUGGGACAGCUGGUGUCUGGAGGAUUUCAGCAAUCAAUGAUGCCGGGGGCUGGAAGGACCGGACAACAGUGGAGGAUAUGGACCUGGCUGUCCGCGCGAUGCUUCGGGGUUGGAAAUUCAUUUACGUCGGUAACAUAAAAGUCAAGAGUGAGCUACCUAGCACAUUCAAGGCAUACAGGUUUCAGCAGCACAGGUGGUCAUGUGGACCAGCAAACCUGUUCAAGAAAAUGAUGGUAGAGAUUUUAGAAAACAAGAAAGUGUCAUUGUGGAGCAAAAUUCACCUAUGGUACGAUUUCUUCUUCGUCGGGAAGGUUGCUGCUCAUACAGUGACAUUCAUCUACUACUGCUUCGCCAUCCCUGUGUCGGUUUUGCUCCCUGAGAUUCAAAUCCCGCUCUGGGGGGUUGUCUAUAUCCCAACAGUUAUCACCCUCUUGAAGGCUCUUGGCACACCAAGUUCAUUUCACCUGGUGAUCCUCUGGGUCCUGUUUGAGAAUGUCAUGUCGUUGCACCGGAUUAAAGCUGCAGUAAGUGGUCUUCUGGACGCUGGAGGAAGAGUCAAUGAGUGGGUUGUCACCGAGAAAUUGGGUGAUGCCAACAAGGCAAAGCCUAGCAUCAAUGGAUCAGAUUCUAUAAAGGUGAUAGAUGUAAAGCUAACAGAGCCUCAUGUGAAGCUAACAGAGCCCCUUGUACCGAAGAUCGUAAAGAGGCGGACAAGAUUUUGGGAGAGGUACCACUGCUCAGAACUUUUCGUUGGAAUCUGCAUAAUUCUGUGUGGUUGCUAUGAUGUGUUUUACGCUAAGAAGGGAUACUACAUUUUCCUCUUCCUUCAAGGCACAGCUUUCCUUGUUGUCGGCUUUGGGUAUGUCGGCACACGACCUCCUUCCACUGCAUAAGCUGUCUUGGACAAAACUGAUAACUGCUUACAAAAAAUUGAGUGCAAGCAAAGCCCCUCUCUCCUGCACAUAUUGACUAUAGAAUACAAUGGUAACUGAACAUUCUUCCCAUCAAUCUCGGCCAGAUAUGAUCCAACCAUUCUUUUACUGCCAAGAAGGUCACAGAUAUAGCAUCAGCAUUCUUCCCAUCAGUCAUGGCCAGAUUUGAUCCAGCCAUUCUUUAGUGCCAAGAUUCAGAUAGCGCUGUCAUCCUUCAAUUCCCUCCAGACUCUCGUCUUGUUCAGAUUUGAUUCAAAUAUUCUUUACUGCCAAGAAGGCCAUUCAGAUAGUGUCGUCAUUCUAAAUGUAUAAUAACAGUGCUUACUGAAGCACCCUGACAAAAUAAAAAUGAUUGGUGCAGCAGCAUUUGGUUCAGAUCCUGUAGAGGCGCAUUUCACAGUUGAAGAAUUGCAAUAGUUGUAAAUGUAAUAGCACCAGCUGGCAAUUUCUGUAGAUCUCUUAAGUUGUAGCUUUUUUUUUGGGCAAUUUAGUGAUAUAGCUUUGUCAGAGUUCAGAUUCAUAAGGGAAGAUCGUUGGCUUCCUCGGUUCAUAACCCAUGUAGGCUUAAUACUUAAUUGUACAUCAUUUCCUAAUGCUAUAAUUCUGUCGAACUCUGGCAGAUCUUGAAAUGCAUUGUAAGUGUAGCAUGUAAAUUUUGUUCUGUAAGAAGCCAAAGUCGACGCCUUCUGAACAGACAUUUUACUUGCUGUGGCACAUGGACUGGUGGAUCUAUUUACUCUCGAGCAGCAGCCAUUUGUUUAUA